AUGGACCCAAGAACCGACAAGCUUGUGAGGAGGACGACAAUGGUGGCCACCGUCACAGCUUCGUAUUUUCUCCUCACCGCUGAUUAUGGCCCCGAACCCAGCUUUCUUGACCCCAUAAGAAACGCCAUAUUAUCAGCGGAACGGUCUGCAAAAGAGUUCAUUUUCGGGCCAAAGAAACAAACUCCACAAGAUGGAACGAGCAAGCUGCCUUCGAGUGAUGUGGGGAAACAUCCAUAG